AUGACAAGAGCAGGAAACAAAACAGCGUGGGUACCAGGUAUGCGAGUCUGUUUCGCUUCGGAUCGGCAUCUUUUCUUGGGAUCCGAUGUGUCCGAAGUGACAGUUCCCAGUCGAGCCAACUUACAAGUUACUCAAGCACCAGAUGUAAGAAACGCCAAGGCACCGGGCCCGUUUUGUCCCUCCCUUGGCCCGGCCUUUGCUCGACGUCGACAGCGUGGCGGCUACCUCCUGCUUGGCGGCAGACGUGACGAGACGUCCACGAUAAUUGCUCGCACGCUACUAGGCGCUAUGCCAUAA